AUGAAUUUCUCCGAAUUAUUUAAACAGAAUAGAGGACUCUGCAAAUUUUCUCCCAAUGGACAAUUUGUGGCUAAUGGUGUGCAGUACAAAUUAGUAAUCCGCGACUGCCAACAGUUGCAGAUUAGUAACUUAUUUGCCUGCUUAGAUGUUAUUGAACAUAUACAGUGGUCGCCUGACUCUCAACUGAUAUUAUGUGGAAUGUAUAAGCGUUCCCUUAUACAGGUCUGGUCAUUGAAUCAACCAGAAUGGACCUGCAAGAUUGAUGAAGGUGCUGCUGGCUUGCAAUCAGCUGUAUUUAGUCCCGAUUCUCGCCACAUCUUGUCAACUGCUGAAUUCUCUCUUCGUAUAACGGUUUGGUCAUUAGUCAAUAAGUCAGUGUCGUACCUGAAAUUUCCAAAAAGUAUACCGAAAGGUUCUAUUAAUUUUACCUCGGACGGUUGCUACAUGGCUUUAGCUGAACGCCGUGAUUGUAAAGAUCAUAUCAGCAUAUUAGCUUGCAAGUCUUGGAACCUUUUGAAAAACUUUCAAAUUGAUACCAACGAUAUGGCUGGACUGGCUUGGUCCUCGAAUGGGCAUAUUCUAUGCGUUUGGGAUUCCGUGUUAGAUUACAAAGUACUCCUCUAUUCUUUGGAUGGAAGGCCACUGAUGUCGUACUCAGCUUAUGAUAACGCUUUAGGAAUCAAAUCAGUAGCUUGGUCGCCGUCGGGUCAAUUCCUUUCUAUUGGUAGUUAUGAUCAAAUGGUAAAUUUAUGUCAAGCCCCAAACAUCAACGUUCGAUUAUUGAACAAUAUAACAUGGAAACCUGUUGCUCGAUUUUUACAUUCUACAUCGGUUGAUUCCGAGAAAGUGGUAGUUUAUAAAGAAACCGAAAAGCGACCAUUUGCAUCCCAACCCUUACAAUCUGCUCCAGCAGUAUCGAAUAAGUUUGCUAUCCCAAGCAAAUAUGAAAUUUAUAAAAGCCAGAAAAUCAAUAUUCCGAAUGUAAUACCAGACCCUGAAAAACCGGAUCCUAAACUAGGAGUUGGUGUAAUGGUUUUCAGUGCCGAUAGUAGAUACUUAGCGACCAUUAAUGAUAAUAUGCCCAAGGUGGUUUGGCUUUACAGCGUAGCGAAACUUACGUUAUCUGUGGUUCUAAUACAAGCUGCGGCUGUGAAAGCGAUUGCGUGGGACCCAAUAGAAACCAGAUUAGCGUUAUGUACGGGCAAUAAUAAAAUAUAUGUAUGGACUCCAGCUGGAUGUAUGUCUGUCGAUAUUCCUUGUGAAGCUACUUUUCAAGUCCUGUCUUUGGAAUGGCACCCUCAAGGACGUUGUAUUACGCUCAUUGGUAAAGAUAAUAUGUGUAUUUGCUACUUUGACCAACAAAGUGACGAAAAGGAUAAAUUAUAA